AUGGAGCUAUGGAACUCCACUGUCGGCACUGACUUCAUCUUGGUGGGGAUUCUGAAUGACUGUGCACUUCCUGAACUGCUCUGUGCUACAAUCACAGCCCUCUACAUGUUGGCCCUGAUCAGCAACAGCCUGCUGCUCCUGGUCAUCACAGUGGAUACUCGGCUGCACGUGCCCAUGUACCACCUGCUUGGGCAGCUCUCUCUUAUGGACCUCCUGUUCACAUCUGUUGUCACUCCCAAGGCUCUUGUGGAUUUUCUGCGCAGGGAUUACACCAUCUCCUUUGGAGGUUGUGCCCUGCAGAUGUUCCUGGCACUGACACUGGGUGGUGCAGAGGACUUGCUCCUGGCCUUCAUGGCCUAUGACAGGUAUGUGGCCAUUUGUCACCCUCUGAACUAUAUGGUCUAUAUGAGACCAAGGGUUUGCUGGCUCAUGGUGGCCACAUCCUGGAUCUUGGCAUCUCUGAAUGCUCUAGGACAUACUGUGUAUACCAUGCACUUCUCUUUCUGCAGGUCUUGGGAAAUCAAGCACCUGCUCUGUGAAAUUCCACCUUUGUUGAAGUUAGCUUGUGCAGAUACCUCCAGAUACGAGCUAAUGGUAUAUGUGACAGGUGUGACUUUUCUCUUGCUCCCCCUUUCUGCCAUAGUUACAUCCUACACACUGAUCCUAUUCACUGUGCUCCACAUGCCUUCUAAUGAAAGGAGAAAGAAAGCUCUUGUCACCUGCUCUUCCCACUUGACUGUGGUGGGGAUGUUCUAUGGAGCUGCUGCAUUCAUGUAUGUUCUGCCCAGUUCCUUCCACAACCCCGAACAGGACAACACCAUCUCUGUUUUUUACACCAUUGUCACUCCAGCCCUGAACCCCCUUAUCUACAGCCUGAGGAAUAAAGAUGUUAUAGGGGCCUUGAAGAGGGUCCUGGGAAGAAGCAUGCUGCUGGCACACUCAGCCCCCUAG